AGGAGCGGCGGAACCAGGCCCAGUGGACGGAGCGGCCCGCGCGGCGCGGGCAUGAAGUUGGGCGCGCGCGGGCCUGGGAGCGGGGGCGCGGCGGAGACGGGAGCCGCCCGCGUCUAGAGCCCGCUCGGUGCGCCAUGGAGCUCGGGGGCCCCGGGGCGCUGCCGCCGCCGCUGCUGCCGCCGCUGCUGCUGCUGCUGGGGGCCGGCUUCCUACCCGUGAGCAGCCACGUGGAGACCCGGGCCCAUGCGGAGGAACGGCUGCUGAAGAAGCUCUUCUCUGGUUAUAACAAGUGGUCCCGGCCUGUGGCCAACAUCUCGGAUGUGGUUCUUGUCCACUUCGGGCUGUCCAUCGCACAGCUCAUUGAUGUGGGAGACACACACACACACUCCCCCCCCCCCCCACACACACACACGUCCGUCCCCCAGGAGGUCACAUCUGCCCUUCUNCCCGCUGACUACGAGAACGUCACCUCCAUCCGCAUUCCCUCUGAGCUCAUUUGGCGGCCAGACAUCGUCCUGUACAACAACGCGGACGGGGACUUUGCGGUCACCCACCUGACCAAGGCUCACCUCUUCCACGACGGGCGGGUCCAGUGGACGCCCCCCGCCAUCUACAAGAGCUCCUGCAGUAUCGACGUCACCUUCUUCCCGUUCGACCAGCAGAACUGCACCAUGAAGUUCGGGUCCUGGACGUACGACAAGGCCAAGAUCGACUUGGUAAGCAUGCACAGCCGCGUGGACCAGCUGGACCUGUGGGAGAGCGGCGAGUGGGUCAUCGUGGACGCGGUCGGCACCUACAACACACGCAAGUACGAGUGCUGCGCGGAGGUGUACCCCGACAUCACCUACGCCUUCGUCAUCCGCCGCCUGCCCCUUUUCUACACCAUCAACCUCAUCAUCCCCUGCCUGCUCAUCUCCUGCCUCACCGUGCUGGUUUUCUACCUGCCGUCCGAGUGCGGCGAGAAGGUCACGCUCUGCAUCUCCGUGCUGCUCUCGCUGACCGUCUUCCUGCUGCUCAUCACCGAGAUCAUCCCCUCCACCUCGCUGGUCAUCCCGCUCAUCGGCGAGUACCUGCUGUUCACCAUGGUCUUCGUCACGCUGUCCAUCGUCAUCACCGUCUUCGUGCUCAACGUGCACCACCGCUCGCCGCGCACGCACACCAUGCCCGCCUGGGUGCGCCGCGUCUUCCUGGACGUGGUGCCCCGCCUGCUCUUCAUGAAGCGGCCGUCGGCGGUCAAGGACAAUUGCAGGCGGCUCAUCGAGUCCAUGCAUAAGAUGGCCGGCGCCCCCGGCUUCUGGCCCGAGCCCGAGGGGGAGCCCAGCUUCAUGGGCGGAGCCCGGAGCCGGGGCCCCUCGCGCUCCCCGUCCUUCUGCAGCCCCCUGGACGAGCCAGCCGAGCCCCGGCCAGCCUUCGAGUCGCCCUCGGAGCAGGUCCCCGUGCCGCAGCGCUCCGAGGCUGAGAAAGGGAGCCCCUGCCCCUCGCCUGACUCCUGCCACCCACCCGCCGGUACCCGGGCCCCGGGGCUCACCAAAGCCCGGUCCCUGAGCGUCCAGCACGUGCCCAGCCCCGCUGAAACAGCGGAGGACGGUGUUCGAUGCCGGUCUCGGAGCAUCCAGUCCUGCAUUCUCCAAGAUGAUGCCGCUUCCCCGGCCGGGGGCCCUGUGGCCGGCUCCCCCAGCUUUCCGAAGGCCAGCUCAGCCGAGCUCCCGCCCCCAGACCAGCCUUCUCCAUGCAAAUGCAGGUGCAAGAAGGAGCCAUCCCCAAACGCCGUGCUCAAAGCCCGGGGCACCAAGGCUCCCCCCCGGCACCUGCCCCUGUCUCCGGCCCUGACGCGGGCGGUAGAGGGUGUCCAGUACAUCGCGGACCAUCUGAAGGCGGAAGACACAGACUUCUCGGUGAAGGAGGACUGGAAGUACGUGGCCAUGGUCAUCGACCGCAUCUUCCUCUGGGUGUUCAUCAUCGUCUGCCUGCUGGGGACCGCGGGCCUCUUCCUGCCACCCUGGCUGGCCGGCAUGAUAUAGCGGGGCGGGGCCGGGCACCCGCAGGACCCCCGCGACGUCUGCGGACUGCUCGCCCGGGGUCUGUGCCUGGCCGUCCGGGACUCCUGCAUUCUGUGGGGUCACGCCAUUCGCCAAAUCGUCCCCCCAUAUUCUGUGGACUGCAAGAUGGCCUUGGGAAGGGCCACUGGCCCUGGGGAAGCUGGCUCAGUCCUGCUGAGACCUGUGGGGGGGCGGCCGGGCCGGAAAGGGCAGCGGGUAAACGCCUAUUCUUGUCUGGAGGGUGGGGUCACAGCCCGCAUCUUAUUAAAGUUUAUCUGGAGCAUGGCGACACAUUGGGUUCCUGCCCGGGACACGCAUCUGACCCCUCAGCCAGCAGCCCAGCAGUCCCACCUGUCCCAGGGCCACGCCUUCCGGCCCCUCCCAGCCCCACGUGCCCCUGGUCCCUGUGGGAUCGUGGACGCCUCCUCAGGUGGGCUCGCUUGGACCUCACAGAGGCCGGGCAGCAGACUCUCAAAUCUCAUUUGCGGGGGUGGGUCCAAGCAGGGAUUUUCUUGUCUCGGUUUAUUCUGGGUAAAUUAGUGUCAGGGCAAGUCUCGUGCCUGAGGGGCUUUGAGGAAUGGUGUUGGGCCGGGGCCUGCAUGAAGGGGAGUCUAGGGAUGGUGCCCCAUGGCGAGGGCACCCUUCACCCCAGGGAGUGUGGGCGUCUGCCUUCCUGGGGUCCUGGGGUCCUGGGCAAGCAUUUGCAGGGGCCCAGUGAUGCAGCCAGGGUCCCAGUGGGCACUGGUAGUUUGGGAAGGCCCUGGGGCAGUGUCUAGACCGAGGCCUCCGGGGCCCUUAUCCGGGCUCUCCCCAACCUCCCGUGGGUCCCCCUCUGCACACAGCCCCUUGAGACACCCUCCCUGAAGCACAGACGUGGUAGCCAUGGUGAGGGGUCCCUGAGGUCAGCCAGGCUGACUCUGGGGCCCUCGGGAGUGCGGUUCCUGGGGCUGGGGCCCCUGAGAAAUGUCAUGGGGUGGAGGAGACCCCCAUGGGCCUCCCCUGGGCUUGUCUUCCUGGAGCCAGCACAGCCUGGGGGACCUGGUGUCCUCCUCUGCAAGGCGCCCCAGUAGUACCCCUGGGGGUGGCGUGGGGGCGGCACGAGCUGCCCCUGGGCUCUCCCUGAUUCUUCGGAGCCUUUAGGCCCCGAGUGCCACGGAAGGGGUAAGGACGACCUUCAGAGAGGACAAAGGAAUCUGUGCCCCCUACCGAUGGUCAAAUCCCACCUCCUCUGACCCCCUUACUUCAGGGGAGCUGAAUGGCAUGUGGGAGCAGGUGGGAGCUGGCCCUGGAGCCCGCCUCCCUGCGCACGAGGUGCCUGGGUCAGGAGAGGGAGCAGACGGUGACCAAGCAUCCGAGGGGCCUUGCUGCUGCCAGCCCCAACCGCGGGUCCCCGUCGGCAGUGACGCUGGGCUGCGUGAGCCCCAGGGCCGCAGCCACACCCUCGCCCUCCCUGUCCCCUGGGGCACCGGUGACACCGGACCCGACUGGGGCCUGGAAGGUCCUCACGCCCAGGAGCAGGGUGCAGAGACCCGAGGGUCUAAGUCC